CCACCCACUUAUUUUGUAGGCUACCGCUGGGGAGUCACGAGAAGUUUAACGUUAGCGAAGCUCCACUGUUUAAUGACCCAGAGGUGAGCGGGGAUGACACAGGUGAACCCGAUGAGAACGACUUCACUGGGAGGGUUUCUGGUGAGACGCGGGCUCCCACUUUGUUAGCCCACCUGCACUCGGGGUGCUGUAGAGGAACCGCUGUGGUGCUAGCUAAGCUCGUUAGCCGCUAACUACCGCAGCUAAUAUCGAGCUAACUAGCCGCGUCGCCCGAGUGAAGUGAGCAAGUCGCGGCGUGUGAAGCUAACCGCGCCGAGGCUACUUUUGGAGGGAUACCGAGUCGGAUAUAUUCCUUGGAGGGAUUCGUGCUGCCAACUCUUUGCCAGGUGUAUUUUUGCGCCUCUCCUCUUGCCCUUUUUUCAUUGUUGGCGGAGCGUCCUGACUGCACACCGCUGUCUCCAUGCAUGCUAGCAACGGCUGCAACCGCCAGCUACAGUGAUGUGUCACAUUAGCUAACGAAUCUUUUUUUGACCAUUUGUGAGUGGAUGCUGUCACUGGUACGAGCUUUUUGGAGACAGACGGGGUUGUAUCAUCCCACCGUGACGCCCGUGUAUUAACUGUACUUUCAUGUCGUAUCACCCGACAGCUAGUUGUCCCUCCAGAAGAACCAGACGCGGAGCAUGCAGGAGAAGAAAAGACCACAGAUAAGUAGAUAGGGGACGUCGGACACAACCGAGUUAAAUUGGACUGUGUGGUUAAUCUACCACCAACAACUGGGAUUGCAUUUGGUGGCCGGACUGACAGAGAAAGUACGAGGAUGAAGAAAUUUUCUAGAAUGCCAAAGUCCGAGAGUGGAGGGCUCGGAGGGGCGUCCGGGUCCGGCUCCAGCUCCGGAGUCAGCAGCUACUUCGGGAAAGUGUUUGCAAUCGGGCGGUUCCAAGUCACCGUGGAAGAGCUCAUUGCAGAAGGGGGCUUCUCGGUGGUGUUUCUGGCUCGUACACACAGUGGUGUCCGCUGUGCUCUCAAAAGGAUGUACGUCAACAACGUCCCAGACCUGAAUGUGUACAAGAGAGAGAUCACUAUCAUGAAAGAGCUGUCAGGCCACAAGAACAUUGUCGGAUACCUGGACUCCACAAUCACCGCUGUGUCGGACAGCGUCUGGGAGGUCCUGAUCCUCAUGGAAUACUGUAAAGCGGGUCAGGUGGUAAAGCAGAUGAACCAGCGGCUGAAUGUGGGUUUCAGUGAGGCGGAGGUCCUCCACAUCUUCUGUGACACCUGCGAGGCCGUGGCCCGCCUGCAUCAAUGCAAGACGCCCGUCAUCCACAGAGACCUCAAGGUUGAAAACAUCCUGCUGAACGACCAGGGAAACUAUGUGCUGUGUGACUUCGGCAGUUCCACUCACAAGAUUUUGCUGCCACAUAAAGAUGGAGUGACUGCCGUGGAGGACGAGAUUAAGAAGUACACGACCCUCUCAUAUCGGGCGCCAGAGAUGAUUAACUUGUACGCAGGGAAAGCCAUCACCACUAAGGCUGAUAUAUGGGCACUUGGAUGCUUGUUGUACAAGCUGUGUUUCUUCGCACUUCCAUUUGGGGAGAGUCAAGUUGCCAUAUGUGACGGAACCUUUAUUGUUCCAGAUAACUCCAAAUUCUCCUUCAAGUUGCACUGUUUAAUCAGAUAUAUGCUCGAACCAGACCAGGAGAAGAGACCAGACAUUUACCAAGUGUCCUACUUUGCCUUCAAAUUAGCUGGAAAAGACUGUCCAGUGCCAAAUCUCUUUAACUCUCCCAUCCCCACGUCGCUCCCAGAGCCUCUAACAGCCAGUGAGGUUGCUGCUAGGAAAAGCAUGACGAAAGCCAGGAUAACGGACGCUGUGGGCCCAACGGAAACAUCGAUAGCUCCCAGACAGAGGCCAAAAGCGGCAAACAGUAACGUCCUGCCCCUCGCCAACACUGUCACCCCUGUCAAAAUGACCGUGCCUUCAGCACCCGUCAGCAACGGCCAGAAAGCUCCCACCCCUGGCUCUGGGCAGCCAUCCAUGCAGCCCCAGCCUAGCAGUCAGCAGCACCGAGUCCUGCAGCAGCUACAGCCUGGUGACCUGCGUCUACAGCAGCUACAACAGCAACAACAACAUCACCACCAACAACAACAAGCAGUGCAGCAACAACAUGCAAAUGCACAGCAACUCCAAUACCUCCAGUACCAACAGGCUGUGCAGCAGUCCCUCCAGCUUCAGCAGCAGCAGGCCCUCCUCCAGCAGCAGCAGAUGAUGAUGCAGCCCAUGUACCAGCAGCAGGUUGCCCAGGCUCAGGCCCAGGCUCAGGCCCAGGCUCAGUACGCAGCCAUGCUGCACCAGUACCAACAGGCUUUUGUUCAGCAGCAGCAGCAGCAGCAACAUCAUCAACAUCAACAACAACAACAACAUCAGCAGCAGCAGCAGCUUCAUCCCGCUCAGCAGCCUCUCCCCUAUAUGUCCUCCCCUCUUGAGUUCCAGAUCCCGUUGGGUUCCUAUAACGCCACAACACCCACUGCUGGAGCUGGAAGUGUCCAGAUAGGUGGACCGUCACCUGUGGAUCCCUCUUACACUAACCCCAGUCGAAACCCUCUGCUUGCCUCAGAUGGGAUCACACCUCCCUCUCAGAGCUGCAACAGUACAGUUAGUAACCCCCCUGACAUGUCGCGCUGGAACCCUUUCGGAGAGGACAACUUCUCCAAGCUGACCGAGGAGGAGCUGAUCGACCGGGAGUUCGACAUGCUCAGAGCAAAAAAGCCAGUGGAGAGAACAGCCAGCGUUGAAGCGGACCGACCGCAGCCUGCUGCCUCCGCCGCCAAGCCCCUGCCACCAGAGGACCUGUUUGGCUCGGUCCCGUUCGUGGCCAGCGCAGGUACCGAUGAGAAAAAGACUGAGCAGAGCAGUGAGGAGGUCGGCCUUCCUGCGCUCGUAUCCACCUCUACAGAGGCUCUGCAGCUAGUGGCGCCCAAGGAGCACAAACCAGGCAAAAAGAGCAGCUGCAGACCAGGAGAAGAGUCCGACAGCGACUUUGAGUCUGACCCUCCUUCCCCAAAAAGCAGCGAGGAUGAAGAGGUGGAGGAGGAAGAAGGCCUGAACAGUGAGCACGGUGACGACACCGAGCCAGAGAAUCUUGGACAGAGGCCUCUGCUGAUGGACUCUGAAGAGGAGGGAGAGGACGAUGAAGACAAGCACAGCUCUGACUCGGACUACGACCCCAGCAGGGUCAAGAGCCGCUCAAAGAAAGCUCUGGCCAGUAAAGCAGCUUCAGCCGCCGCCAGGAGGAGUCCUAAGGAUUCUGCCAUGACUCUGAUCACCCCUCCUGAGACGCCCAGCGGAGCCAGAGCUGCUUCAGCGACUGAUUCUGUGGAUGUUUUUGGUUCUGUUCCCUUCCUCGGAGGAACCUCGCCUGUCGGGCCUUCAGAAAGCUCGGACAUCUUUGCCAAAGCGCCUUUCAGGCAAGUCAGCCAUGAGCAGCAAGCUUCGGACGAAUUUGAUGUUUUUACCAAAGCGCCAUUCAGCCGGAACCUCUCCAAGUCGGGCAAGAGUGGCAGUGAUGUUCACAUGGGCCAAACGCCACCCGUUUCCCCCGAGGGCAUUGACAUUUUCGGGUUCUCUCCCUUCCAGCCGGGCCCCACUGCACCGCCUCCCACCACCUCCAGAAGCGCAGAAGAUAUCUUCCAGCAGUCUUUUGAGGACUCGGCCAGCCCUCAGCAGCAGAGGCUGAAGCAGCGCAGCCUCCAGAAGCUGUCGUCACGCCAGAGAAAAACCAAGCAGGAGACCACGGCAGGCGGCAGCAAUGGCAAACGCCACCACGGUACGCCGACCGGAGGCCGCAAGACCAACAAGCCAACUUACCGCACACCUGAGCGAGUCCGCAGACAUAAGAAGGUCGGCCGGAGAGACUCGCAGAGCAGCAACGAGUUCCUCAGCACUUCUGACUCUAAAGAGAACAUCAGUGUUGAUAUAACCAUGGCUGAAGGGAAAGACAAAGGAGCUUCUCUGCCGGUGGACGAGGCCCUUUUAGACCCCUUUGGAGCGAAGCCUUUCCAUCCUCAGGACGGCAGCCGGCAUGGCCAGUAUCAAGGACUCACCGACACCAAGAGCGACAUGGGCGCAGCCAAUGGCAAGUCCUGGACAGGCUCCCUUCACGGCGCUCUUGGAGACAGCAGCAUGGAUGAUUUUGGGGCAGUGCCCUUCACAGAAAUGGUCAUCCACAGUGGACCUCAGCAGCCGCAGCCGCCGCCGCCCUCACAGCCAGUGGACCUCGACCCGUUCGGAGCUGCACCUUUUCCCCUGAAGCAGUGACUUUAUUUGCGUCUUCCCACUCUGCCAGUUGCUGUUAAAUAACCCCUGAGCUUUUCUUUUUGGCUUGGGAACAUCUUCAACCAAUCCCGAGAGCUGACAAUGUCCUAAUGCUUCUCUUUUUUAAAAGAACUUUUUAAUACAUCUUUUAGUUUGAAUAACAAAAACCUAAAUCCUGUGGAGUGUGAGUGAUGUUUCCACAUAUCUUCAGCUGUACCUGUUUUGCUGAGAAGCCUUUUAUGCUGCAUCUUAACGCUCGUAAAGACGUUUGAACCAGAACGGAAAACCCACUCGAUAAAUUGUACUGUGAUUAUAAGCUUAACAUUUGACCGCUUGACUCGCUGCAAAAAGCUCUUUAUGGCUUGCCUUCUGAUCUACCAAUAUGUUUUUUUAGCACCACAAAGCCUUAUCUGAGCUGGGCUCCGCCUCGCUGCACAGUACCUCGGAAACCACGACACAAUCGGCCCACGUUGGACUUUCAUGUCGGUGGAAUCGUUUGGGAGUUGACCUUAACCACUUUGUUUUAUCCUUAUUAGAUCUUUCUCUAUGCAUAAUUUCACCGUAGUCUUUACGUAGCCCAGCGUGGCUGCGGUUUGUGUUGCGUUACACUUUGAAUACCAGAAGGGAUCGAAUUUUAUUGUACUUCUGUAAAAGUUAAUUGGGUCAGGUUUAAAUUUAGACUCUUAACUGUGUCCUUUUUUUUCUAACAGUAAUCUUCUAGGUAAGUACUGUUAAUAUUGUUUUUUUAUUAAGUUCAACAAAUUCUGUUAGAAAUAAGGAAGAGAUGAAACACAAAGCCACAUUAGAUCACUAGUCUAGGUUUGUGUUUUAAGAAUUUUGACCACUUCAAGAACUCACAAGCUGUACCGCCAUUUUCUCAGCAGUGUUAAGAGCUCCUAACAUUAGGUGAUGUAACAUUUUCAGAAUUAUUUAUGCUGAAGAAUAAAUGGGAAGUGUGUGAUGAGUUAAA